AUGGGGUUGUUGUACCAGGCUGAGGAAGCAUUGACCCAAAAACCCUCCAGGUAUGCUCCAGGUGUGGGUGGUGAGGCAGGUGAUGGUGGUGACAGCAGAGAUGACGGCGAGGUUUCUAUUAGGUCAAACGGUGAGGAAAUGCUUUGGAUAAUUUCUUUUGCAUCAGAUGAGAGAACGAGAGAAAGUGACAAUGAAACCAUGAUAUUCUCCAUAUUUGGUAGAGAAUACAGGGAGAAAGCCCCAUACACUUCUUCACAUGAAAAACGUAGAGGAGGGGAUAAGAAUUCACAGAUGGCACAAUGUCUUCCUCCAGAACGUCGCCAGGUGCCAGAUGUUGGCGCCACCAGUGUCUGGCACCAGUCGCACUGCCACCAGCAGCAACAUGGUGACCGGGACACACAGGCGGGUGCAGCAAGUGACCACACAAGGGACUACAGGCCUAGCCAUCAGUCACCACAUGCACAAAGACAAGAUCCAGUAAAUCUUCCUCAUUCUCCUGUAGCAUCACCAUUGAAAGAAAAUAGAUUGCGAUAUUUGAAUAGAUGUAUUCCAGUAGAUCCACACCUCACUUCUGCCUCUACAUCACAUGGCAAAGAGAGAUGUCAGAGCUUGGAGAGACAAAAUCCAACAUUACGUACAGAUUUUCCACACAGUGUUAGCCAGACAUAUAGACAACAAAGUGAAAAUAUUAAAAAACAACAAGAGACAUACAGACAUAGAAAUUGGGACAAGAAUCGGUACAGUAAAAUGGAAAUUCAUGAGGAACUUGUAAAGACGUCUUCAGGACUCGUAGCGUUUUUAAAAGUAAACAGUGACGUGAUAAUGAAGAAUGUGUGGAAGACAGCAAGGACUCCCACAAGGGAAAUGUCUGAGAGCCCUGAAGUUGGAACGAGUCUUGAAAACAGCCCAGAGAGCCCUUGUACCAAAAGCACCACAGAGCUUGCAUCACCAGACCACCCUGGGGAUAGAGGUGUUCCUGUCUCACCCUCACAUAAUUUACUACCAAAAGAGCUACUUGAGAAUGUUUUAAAGCUACAUAACCCUGAAGAUAAAAGCUCUGAACAUAUACAAAACAAGAUGCGGGAGGAUUUAGACACAUGUAGAACAUCUGUGUUUAAUUCAUCCUAUCGGCAUUAUACACCACUGAAAUACAAACUGCAGGAAAAUAAUAUAGACAUAUGUGUAACAUCUGCAUCUAAUUCAUCAUCUUAUCAGCAUUAUACACUACUGAAACACAAGAUGCAGGAGUUAGACAGCAAAGAUGUGGGACACAAGAGGGCAGACAUUACUGGGAGUUACCAAACAACUCCAUCCAAAACACAGCAGUUAAAAACACCUGCAAAUGAAAGCAACGGUCAUUUCCAAGCAGUGACACCAGAAUUAGUUGAUUAUGAAGAGGUUCCUUCACAAAAGUCAGGAGGCAAAAAUUGUUCCACUAAUGAGAUUCCUUCACGAAAGAUAGACAAAAAUUGUCCCAAUGAGAUUUCUUCACAAAAGAUAGACAAAAAUUGUUCCAAUAAUGACGUUUGUUCACGAAAGACAGGGGACAAAAAUUGCUCAGACAUCGACACAAAUGGACCACAACAAGAGCGAUUCAUCAUUAAAGAAGCAAUGAUUCCUUUGCAGACCCAGUCUGUGAUUGGUCCGGCAACAACAGACAGCGACACUUCCAAAGGAGACUCACAUGCUGUCAAAUGCAAAAUAUUGCCCCAAGCAUCACAUGUUGACAAAAAAAUCAAAUUUUCCCCAGCUGAACAAAGAAUUGACGAAGGGAUUUCAGCCUGUCCUCUGCCUACGCCUGAGGUUCCAGAUGUAGGGGACAGGAGGAAUCCAAACAGUGCUCUGGUCGUGGAAACAAACUGCAUUCCUAGAGAUUCAGAAAGUGUGAAAUAUGCACAGGAAUCAACCGGGAGGGAAUAUCCUCGGAUGGAUUCAGAGAAGGAAGAACACAUUGAAAAGCGUCCUCGAAAAACAUCAGAUGAGAAACAUUGUUGUGAAACGUCGGGUGAAAAACAUCAAGGAACACCGGGUGAGAGACAUUCUCGAGGAACAUCAGGUGAGGGAUAUUCUCGAGAAACAUUGGGCAAGAAACAUUUUCGAGAAUCAGCAGGUGUAAAACAUUCUCAAGAAUCAGUAGAAGGAGCAAAACAUUCUCAAGAAUCAGCAGAGAGUGAGAAAGAUCAUAGGAAGUCAUCACAACAUUCACAAGAAUUAUCAAACAGAAAGAAAGAUUAUACAGAAUCACCUCAACAUUCUCAAGAAUCAUCAGAGACUGGGAAAGAUCAUAGAAUAUCAUCACCGCCAAGAGACUCCAUCACUGAAGACAACAAACGCAACUUAAGGUGUCAACAUUACAUGCGCGGCUGUUGUUAUCAACGCGGGUGCACAUCUCUUCACAGAUUCCCGAAGGAUGACAAUGUUUUGUGCAAAGACUUCCUUAAGGGCAUGUGUAGGAGAGGUUCAAGCAGGUGUUGGUACAAACAUGCUUACACAGCUGCUAAGAGGGAUGGUGUGAAUUCCUGUAGAGGGGAUGAGGCUACUAUUGAUUCUAUUAUAUUAGCUAUUAGAAAUAGCAAAGUGCCUAUUUAUGAGUGUUCCAGCAGUAUUGACAACAGUUUUGAUCACUUUGAAAGUUUAUAUUUUUCAAGUUCUCCAACCAAGGUAUCUAAAUCUAAAUCUAAAUCUACCCUUCAAACUGAGGUAUCUACAGUUACUGAACAAAAUAAGCUCUCUCCAUCUAAAUCUACCCUUCAAACUGAGGUAUCUACAGUUACUGAACAAAAUAAGCUCUCUCCAUCUAAAUCUACCCUUCAGACUGAGACUGAGGUAUCUACAGUUACUGAACAAAAUAAGCUCUCUCCAUCUAAAUCUACCCUUCAAACUGAGGUAUCUACAGUUACUGAACAAAAUAAGCUCUCUCCAUCUAAAUCUACCCUUCAGACUGAGGUAUCUACAGUUACUGAACAAAAUAAGCUCUCUCCAUCUAAAUCUACCCUUCAGACUGAGGUAUCUACAGUUACUGAACAAAAUAAGCUCUCUCCAUCUAAAUCUACCCUUCAAACUGAGGUAUCUACAGUUACUGAACAAAAUAAGCUCUCUCCAUCUAAAUCUACCCUUCAGACUGAGGUAUCUACAGUUACUGAACAAAAUAAGCUCUCUCCAUCUAAAUCUACCCUUCAGACUGAGGUAUCUACAGUUACUGAACAAAAUAAGCUCUCUCCAUCUAAAUCUACCCUUCAGACUGAGGUAUCUACAGUUACUGAACAAAAUAAGCUCUCUCCAUCUAAAUCUACCCUUCAGACUGAGGUAUCUACAGUUACUGAACAAAAUAAGCUCUCUCCAUCUAAAUCUACCCUUCAAACUGAGGUAUCUACAGUUACUGAACAAAAUAAGCUCUCUCCAUCUAAAUCUACCCUUCAAACUGAGGUAUCUACAGUUACUGAACAAAAUAAGCUCUCUCCAUCUAAAUCUACCCUUCAGACUGAGGUAUCUACAGUUACUGAACAAAAUAAGCUCUCUCCAUCUAAAUCUACCCUUCAGACUGAGGUAUCUACAGUUACUGAACAAAAUAAGCUCUCUCUCUCUAAAUCUACCCUUCAGACUGAGGUAAAAGGCACUCAGCAGACUAUCUCUACAGAUGCUACUGUCCAACCAACUGUGGCACAUUUAUCAGCUGAGAUUGUCAAACUCGAAGAUGAAGAAACCUGUAAAGCUGAUUAUAAAGAAUCUUUAAAUUUCUGGAAUAGUGUUAAAGAAAUACAGAGAAGGAAUAGAUUAGGAGAAUCAUCUUCAUCUAAUCACAGUACAAAGAUGUUGUCAGGCUCGUCCAAGUCAUCGCCUACACCCUACAGGCAUGUAGACCAUGGCGAAGCAAACACACAGUCGAAUUCUGAGUCAACAAAACGCAGUUUGGAUGAUAGCACAGACAAAAGCAUCCGAGAUUCGCUCAUCCAGCAAGGCGGUGCAUUUCAGGAGAAACAUCACAAGAAACUCGUAAAAAAACAUAGGACAAAAGCCGAUAAAAACAGCAAGCAUCGCCGCACUCGGAAAAGAGAUGAAGUCAAUCAAAAAAGUAAAUCAAGGAAAAAACAUAAAAGCAGAUCAUUCUUAUUUUAUACAACUUUGGAGAAGUCAGAAGGUGAUAGCAGAGGUGAUGACAAGUGUCAAAUUAAGUUGAGUAAAAUGUGCAAAACUGAAUUGGAUUUACCCGAUGCAAGUUCAGAGGAGUCGGAAAGAACAGAUGUACGAGAUUCUGAUACAAGUUCGAAGAAGUCGAAAAGAAUAGAUCCACAAGAUUCUGAUACAAGUUCGAAGAAGUCAAAAAGAACAGAUACACAAGAUUCUGAUACAAGUUCGAAGAAGUCAAAAAGAACAGAUCCACAAGAUUCUGAUACAAGUUCGAAGAAGUCAGAAAGAACAGAUCUAAGAGAUUCUGAUGCAAGUUCGAAGUCAAAAAGGACAGAUUCACAAAAUUCUGAUACAAGUUCGAAGAAAUCGAAAAGAACAGAUUCACAAGAUUCUGGUACAAGUUCGAAGAAGCCGAAAAGAACAGAUCCACAAGAUUCUGGUACAAGUUCGAAGUCGAAAAGAACAGAUCCACAAGAUUCUGGUACAAGUUCGAAGCCGAAAAGAACAGAUCCACAAGAUUCUGGUACAAGUUCAGCACCAAGUUUGCUUCCCCCAUUAGAAAUCAUUAAAACUGAGUCUGGCUCUAAAAUGUGUAAAGUUCUUGAUAGCCCCAAAAAUGAUAGUAAAAGCAAUAAAACAAUGCAGAAUUGUCCUCUAAGACAGGAAACUUGCUUAGAAAAACCAACAGUACAACUUCACUCAAAUAUACCCAAUCAGUGCAAUAAGACUGUCCUAACUAUGGAAAAACCAACAGUACAACUUCACUCAGAUAUACUCAAUCAGUGCAAUAAGACUGUCCUAACUAUGGAAAAACCAACAGUACAACUUCACCCAGAUAUACUCAAUCAGUGCAAUAAGACUGUCCUAACUAUGGAAAAACCAACAGUACAACUUCACCCAGAUAUACUCAAUCAGUGCAAUAAGACUGUCCUAACUAUGGAAAAACCAACAGUACAACUUCACCCAGAUAUACCCAAUCAGUGCAAUAAAACUGUCCUAACUAUGGAAAAACCAACAGUACAACUUCACCCAGAUAUACCCGAUCAGUGCAAUAAAACUGUCCUAACUAUGGAAAAACCAACAGUACAACUUCACCCAGAUAUACCCAAUCAGUGCAAUAAAACUGUCCUAACUAUGGAUAAACCAACAGUACAACUUCACCCAGAUAUACCCAAUCAGUGCAAUAAGAAUGUCCUAACUAUGGAUAAACCAACAGUACAUCCUGAGACUAGUAUCAACCAUGAGAAAUGCCUAAAUACUAAUGUGGCGGAGAGCAUCAGUGAGGAAAGUAACUCGGUCAUUCCUGUGGCUCUUUCUGAUAACAAUGCCUCAGAAGUCUCCAAUAAUGAACCAGCGAAUGUGAUACUUUCUCUUCGCCAGGGUACUGGACAAAAGAGGGAGUGGAUACUAGAACACUACACCCGAGAAUUUCUAGAAGAGUACGAGAGGGAUCCCUAUGAGUGCUUGUGCGAGUGUCUGAGGAAGUUUGAGUUGGAGCCCUGGGAGGACGCCACGCUCUCCAGAUCUCACAACUGGGAGAUCAACCUGAGGAGAUUUAUGGUGCUCGUAGGAGGAACGUGUGGCCCGGCCAUGGAUGUGCCAAAGGAGUUCAUACUUCACAGUAUGUUGGAGGAACCCAACUUAAGCAUAUUUCAGCUUAAAGCUUGGAUGGAAAAAUGAUCAUCAUAAAGGUAGACAAUUGCUAUCAACUCGUGGAGUUCCUCUAAAUUACGUGUUUGAAAAAAACUGAUCCAAAAUUGAAUAGCACAUACUGUGAAGGCUUUUCCACAAGCUAUUUAAUUUCACAUGAGAUUUUUCAAUCACAUUUAUAACAAAAUCACACUAUAUAGAGAUCUACAGUGGAACCUCAAAUAUCAAACAGCUCCCAACUCAACCAAUUAUGUAAGUAUAUUUUUGUAAGUGCUUCUGGAAGUGUAUUUUUGAGGGUCUGAAAUGAACUACAGAAUCUAAUUUACAUUACUCCUGAUGGGAGGAGGCCUGGUCACAGAAGGAGGCCUGGUCACAGACCGGGCCGCGGGGGCGUUGACCCCCGAAACUCUCUCCAGGUAAACUCCAGGUAAUGGGAAUAAAUUUGUUAGGUAACGGCACUCGAACAGCCGUAUGGAAUGAAGAAAGUUCGAUAUUUGAGGUUCCACUGUAUGAGAGAGAUGACUUUAUAAUGCAUAUGUUACAAUUAAAAAACUACGGUGAACAUUAAUAUAUUUUUUCAGAAGGGUAAAUUAUUUUUUUUCAAAAUAUCGUAGUUUCCUUUACCUAUGGUGUAUGAUGACUAAAAAUGUGAUAAAUGAGACCCUUGUGCAUCUUUACUGU